AUGGGGAGCUCCGCCGAUAUUAUUAUUUUAUCGUCGUCGCCGCCGAGCGCUCCUAUGCGUACACCCACGAAGGUCACAAAUGCCGCAGAGAAGCUUUUUGAUAUCUCGCCACAAGUCAUAACGCCACCCUCCAUACCCUCACCCUCAGAGCUCUUCCAACAUCCGCCUUCACGUUCUCGAUUCUUCCCCACGCUGAGCGGGCCCGACGACGCGACGAAGAAACAACCCAAAUCGGAGAGGAAAAUCGUAUCAAGGGACACAAGCAAGAAGGAUGCCCCGAGCAAGCCACGAAAAAAGAAAGAGAAGGCUACAAAGGAACAAUUGCCACAUGCCUCGGAAGACCUACGGCCAGAAUCCGUUGAUGUGAUGAACGUCGCGAAAAAGGCCACAGGCCCGCAGAAACAAAAGAGCCGCACCCAGAAAACAGUCCAGAAGAAGGGAGCGGCGAAUAUGUUGCUGUCUGGAAAAGUCACUAAGGCGGGUAGUGAUGCCCAGACGAAGAAAUUGGCCAAAUCCAUAGGGGAGAAUGCCAAGCUGCUGUCGCCAGAUGAGACCACAGAAAUCGCAAUAUCUAAUCAGCUAGGAACCCCCAAUAGGGACCACUUGCUUCACUUGAAUGAAGCAAUUAGAAGACGCAUGGACUGGACACCGCCAAGAGAGAGGACUGCUAACGAGGCGAUUAUGGUGGACCACCAUCAAGCUAGCAAUAAUAAUUCCGGGUCCAGCACCAAAGGCAGCUUUGGGAGUUUGCUCUCAGAUUAUAAUUAUUCUGGGUCAACUUCAGACUUUCGAGAAACUCCUACUGUCAACGUGGGGGGACCAACCAAGCGAAGGCGCAUCGAAUUGGUAGAUCCUCAGCUUCAGUCGCUUCUCAACAACAAUCAUGGUUCAAAUGAUGCAUCCCCCGCCCAAGAAGAGAACUCGUCAUCAUCAGAAGCACAGCUUCAAAAGAAAGCAAGGAAAACAAAGAAACCAAAGAGACUUACUACUUUGACAGCUCGAAUGACAGCUCAAUAUACUUUGAACGACACUGCGCAAGAGAAUUUCCAGGCAGAGGAUAAUAUUCAAGAAACGGCCAUGGCAAAGACCCAGCGAUCUAAAGCAAAUAAGAACUCCCAAAACUCCGCCUUCACCGUACUUUCCCCAGAGGAUGCUUUGAAGGCCUUGGAUGAUCAGGACCUUAUCUUUGGGACUUGCAGCCAGCUUGAGAGGGAAGAGUCACCGCAGACACUGCUAGAAAUGCAAAAUACCAUCCUUGCAUCGGAAAAUCUCGAUUUUGAGGAAAGAGGGUUGUCAAAAACCAGCAGGUCAACAUCGGCCUAUUCUGUUCCUUGUUCAACCCGCGAGGUAAAUCUAUGGUGUAUAGCUGCUCGCGAUAUGGGUGGUUCCUUAGUCCAGGCUAAGAAAGUGGACUCAGUGGACCUAACCGAUACAAAUUCUGGCCCUGAAAAAGGAACUAAGCCUAAGCUUUCUACAUCAACGAACCGUCCCGACGAAGACUGGUUCGAUCUUGAUUACGGGAAACCUGUUCCUUCGUCUAGAAAUAUGGCUUCUGCUUUUCAGAAACCACUAGACUCAGGUGUCAAUUCCCGGCAGCCAGCAAUAGCAGCCAGCUCAAUCCUUUUGGAUGAUCCUCAGCCGCCAGCUACUGUUCAAGAACCAGAACCGAGCUUACAGCAGCCUAUAAUGCCGCAAUAUAACGGCUUUACGGAUGCCGAACUCUCAAAACAGGUUACUGCAUUUGGCUUCAAGUCAAUUCGAGGCCGAAAAAAGAUGAUUGAUUUGCUGCAGAAGUGCUGGGAAUCCAAACACGGGAAGCUUCCAAAACCUCAGAUUGCUUCCUCGCAAUCUCAACCAAUAUCUGAGAAAGACCAUUCAAUACCCAAAUCCAAAGUGGAGCCGAAGGGAAAGACCACAUCCAAAAAAAGGGCGGAUACCAUCGGCCAACCCAAGUCUCCGGCUAGGUUCUCGCCCCAGAAGCAUAGUUCUACCAAAAUAUCAAAGAGCAGACCAUACUCUCUGCCUUCCUCAUUCAUGGAUGUUGAAGAAAUCCAAGAUUCAGAGGACGAGGCUUUUCCAUCGCCCAGCCAAAUACAGAAACGAUAUACCGAUGUUUUUUCUUCCAACACCCUACCAAGUGGACAGCCUUGUUUAGAUUUUGUGACGAGCAAGCCGCCCCAGAGCCCGACACCGCGUCGAGGUGGGCCCUCCAAGGCAUCAAACACUACAAAGCCAACCUUGUCUUCUACCUCCAGGGAAAGCAGCUUACCCGAUCUGUCCGACCAGAUCACGAAAGCAGUUAAAGCCCAACCACGCCCACGCUCUUCACUCGGGACCUGUGGCCGACUGACAUGGCAUGAGAAAAUCCUCAUGUACGACCCUAUCAUUCUGGAGGAUCUAACAACAUGGCUUAAUGUCGAAGGUUUUGGUCUUGUUGGAGAAGACCGUGAAAUCUGGCCUUCCGCGGUGAGGGAGUGGUGUGAGAGUAAGGGAAUCUGUUGCUGCUGGAAGAAGAAUGCGAGUUGGUGA